AAUAUCUACUCGCCCAGCUGUAAAUAAUAAAAAUUUAAAAGCGUGCAUUACUAUUUUAUAUUUCUACCUGCGGUGGAAGUUUCCGCGAAUCACGCGAACGGAACCCAAAGCAGGCAAAGGACAGAAGACAGGCAGGCCAUCGGGAAGGCUUCGCGUUUUCGCGCAUAUAUUUGAAAUGCUUGAAGAUAUCUCGGCACUUCAUAUUAGUACAGCACGACCGAAGAGUAACAUGGAUUCAAAUGCCACAACAGUCGCAACCACAGUCACAGAAGUGGAAACGUGCUCACUGUCCUCUUUGGAGAGCGAAAGCGACUUGUCGAUGGCAUUCGAACGCGAUGUGGAUGAGCCAACUGACAUUGAUGAGUUGCCCGUUUUUGAAAUACGCGCUUACUCACCUCACGGUCGCACACCAUCGCCCAUUGAUGAAAUUGAGACGGAUGUUAUGACACCAAAGUUAUCGUCACCACAGCGUAGUCCUGGGCGCAAAAAUAACCCAGAAUUCGUAGCGCUUCAUGAGAUCAAUGCACAGAUAUGUGCGCCCAGCGAUAAUGUCAACGAUUCAGCAGCCAACUUAAGCCGCAGCAACAGCCUAGAGACUAUUUUUGAGGGUGUCUUCCUACACACACCGCCCCGCGAGAAACUUAAUAAUAGCGCCGGCUCAAACUCCAAUUCCUGCAAUCGUUAUACGCCCAAACGCAGUCGCGUUAAUCUAAUGGAGCUGGUGGCCAUGAAUCGUCUGCAAACCGGUGGGAAAGAGAAUCAAUCUCCACGCAAAGAGCGACAGGAUGAAUUCACGUAGUUAAGCAUGGGCUCAUCGUUCCAGGAUCGAACCAAAGCCAUAUUGACUGCACUAUAAUUUUUUUUAAAUUAAUUUUAGACUAGCAACUUUAUUUUCCAAUACACAAUGUGUAU